GGGACGCCAGGUCCCCGCGCCACUGCACUGCUGCCCCCAUCCCCACACACCCCACUGCUGCGGCCCCUUGGCGUGUGCCACCUGCCCCAGGCCAGACUCGAACACAGAGCCCCACAGACUGGGCUGCCCCGGGCCCCAUUCCGUGGGGCGAAGUGCAGGAUUUGGGGUCCCCCCCACCAGCGCCAGCUCCAUGGGGCUUGUCUCAGCUCUCCGCAGGGCCCUGGGCACGUCAAAGCAGGGCCCGUGGCCCAGGAGCAGGAAGGGCAGUGGGGGGCCAGGGCUGGCGGGGGAGAGCCCCGUGCGGGGCGUGGUGCGCAGCGCGGGCAGCUUCGCCCUGGGCAUGACCCUGGCCAGCCUCUACGGUGCCCUGGUGCUCUUCGCGCAGAGCUACAACGUCUGGUACUGCCUGGUGUCCACCACCAGCCUGGGCGCUGGCCUAGGGCUGGGCAUGGCCUUCUCCAGCAAGGUGCGCGUCACCGUCCUGCUCAUGCUGCCCCACGUCUUCUCCAAGCAGGGGAAGAACAUGCUGCUGCUGGUGGCGCUGGGCAUGGCCAUGCAGGGACCCUGCACCAACAUCCUGCGGAACUUCGCCCGAGCGGCCCAGUCCGUGUCCUGCGGGGCCGAACUCACCCUCAACCAGACGGCCGAGCUGCUGCAGAAAGCCAGGGAGCCGCUGCUCAGCGCACUGACCAGGAUCAAGGCCAUUGCCCAGAAGGCCAAGGUGGUGGGUGACCGCGUCCGCAAGUUCUUCCGCUCCGUCAUGGACUCUGUGCGGCACGUUGCCCGGGCCCUGCGGAACGUGUGGUACUGGCUGGUGCACGUGGGUGAGGUGUGCAACCAGGACCUGGGUGCCCCCUACACCAAGUGCCUGCGGCUCUUCGACACGGCCAAGGACAAGUGUGAGCGCGUCAUCCCUGCCCUCUUCUUCCUCUGCUACAUCCUCCUCCUCUUCAAGCCGCUCUGCGGCCUGGCCAAUGCGCUCCUGGUCUUCUGCGUCAUCCCCCAGUACGUGCAGCCCUUCCUGCGCAGGAGAGUCGUGGCCCCUGUCCUGAGGGUGCUGAGCCGCGUGCGCAGGGAGUUUGAGUUCAACAUCUCGGCCGUGCACCAGUUCGACGUCAGCCUCAACUCCACCAAGAGCCUGGCCCAGGUGGCCCUGGACAUCAUGGAGGCUGUUGGCCUGCGGCUGCAGCCAGCCCGAGAGGUGCUGGGCCUCUUCGCACACGUCUCCUCCUGCGUCCUCCUCUACCUGUACCUGCAGGCCCUGCUCUAUCGCAGACGGUACCUGCACGACGACAACUUCGACAACAUCUACAUCACAGGGCGCUUCCUGGCCAUGGACGUACUGCGGGCACGGCAGGGCAGGCCCACGGUGCUGCCCCUCUCCGCGCGGGAGAGCACCAAGUACAUCUGCCCAGGCUCCCCGUUCCUGUCGCGCCGGGAGCGCUUGGGUUACGGCCUGGCCCUGGCAGGCGUCCUACGCCACGUGCUCCUCGGCCUCGCCCUCAUCCUCCUCGACUACGGGGUCUUCUGGCUGCUCGACCUGGUCCGCUACCAGCUGCAUGGCGAGAUCGUGGCCAGGGCUCCCGUGGUGAUGAGCGUCAGUGUGAACGGGACAGGCUACACGGGUGAGAUCUACCGCGACCUGGUCUCUGCGUUCGACGCCCUGCAGCGUGGCAACGUCAGUGUCCUGUCCCGCCGGUGCCGCCUGCGCCCUGCUGAGCCGGACUACCGCACCUACCUGCUCAUUGGACUCAUGUACGGUGUCUGCUUCUUCAUCGCUGUCUUCGGCAGCUAUGUGGGGCGCUUGCGCAGGGUGGUGUGCGCCUCGUAUUACCCCUCCCGCGAGCAGGAGCGGACGUGCUUCCUCUACAACAGCAUCCUGACGCGGCGGACAGGCCUGGCGAGCUCCCUGCUCCGGGCCACGAGGCAGCGGGCGGCCGACGAAGGCCACACCAACCUGCUCCUCAUCCUCGCCUCCAAGUUUCCCCUGUGCGCCUGGUUGGCGCAGAGGAUGGGCGUUCACCAGCAGUACUGCAUGGGUUGUGGGCGCAUCGGGGGUGGGGCCGCCAGCCAGGACUUCAUCACCUGCAUCACCCCUGGCUGCAGAGGGAUCUACUGCAGAGAAUGCUACCAGCUGCUUAGCAACGUCUGCUCCAUCUGCAUGGCCCCCCUGGCCUACCAGGGCGACAUGGACGAAGAGAUCGACUCCAGUGACGAGGAGACCGUGGGGCUAUGGCUGGGCGCCACACGGGCGCUGCGGGGGCAGGAGCAGGAGCAGAGGCGCCGGCUGCGCCAGCUGCUAAGGCAGCGCAUCCGCCAAGCAGUGCAGGGCCAGGGCUCCUGCCGGCGCCUGCCCCAGGAGCUGGCCGCGUGGGUCUGGGCCCAGCUGGAGGAGGAUGAGAGCGGAGACAGCACCGGGGCCAGCACUCCCAGCCCCAUGGCAGCGGCUGAUGACAGCUCCAGCGACCUGGACUUCAGCUACCAGGAGCAGCCUGAGGGCAGUGACGGGGAGGGAGGGGCCCUGCCGGGGCCCAGGCCCCCAGAGCCAGGGGAGCUGGAGGAAGUGAAGAUGAUCCCAGAUACCAGCCAGUGAGGGAAGCACCAGGAGCCGGACCAGUGCCAAGGAGACAGAUGCACCAUGCAGGUGGGGGCACCAGGCAGAUGGUCCUGUCCCCCAAUGCAUGACUGACUUCGGGGCUGCAUGGGCUCCGGCCUGGGCACCAGGGGGUUUCCCCCUGCCUGGGAGCCCGGUCCCCAGGGACCGCACCAUCAAUAAAGCGCCCUGCGGCUCAGGCUGA